AUGAACUGCUACCUGCGAUUGCUGCAGGAGCAGAGCAAGGGGCAACUUUGGUGUCCCAGCAGCUUCUUCUGGCCGAAAUUAGAGGCAGGAGGGCAUGCUGCUGUGCACCGCUGGGCGAGGCGAGCUGCUGUUGAUGUGGCUGGUUGCAAUGCCAUCAUUGUUCCGCUGCAUUUGGAAGGUUGCCAUUGGUCGCUCGGAGUCUUAGAGAUGCUGCAGCGUAAAAUCCUCUAUAUGGACUCGUUGGGCUUGCCAGCCCCGCAGCAACUGCAGCCGAGGCUGAUCGAGUAUGUUGCAAAGGAAGUGCCAUCCCUUUCAGGCUUCGAUUGGCCGCUUUCGAUGAUCAACAAGACUCCGACGCAGCAGAAUACUUCCGACUGUGGCAUUUUCGUCCUUGCGUAUGCAGAGCGUAUAGCUAUGGGCCUGCCAGUCCGAAGUGUGGAUGGCUCACCGAGCGGCAUUAACCACAAGCGCCGAUCCAUCGCGCUGGCGAUCAUCGAAGGAAAGCUGCCGAGCUCAGAAGAGAAAUCGCUCUCAUUGGCUUUGCUGAAGUUGCAGAGUUUUGCAUUGUAA